UAUUCUAAUUUGUACACUCUAAAUUUUAGCAUUUGGUUCCAUUUAUGACACGUUACAAUUGUAGGGCCCAAGCCUUUCUUCAUGCAUAAAAACACACACUCACCUUCAUCAUCUUCCUCCCAUACAAAAUACACAAACCUCUUACAUCUUCUCAAACAGCUUCAAACACAGUCCAUCCACGAUCACUAAGCCUAAGCUAGAAGCAAGAGCAGUGGUAGCUCUUGUAUAUUCUAUCCUUUGUACAUAUCCAAAACUACUUGCUAGUGAGAUAUGUGUAAACCUAAGCCAUCCCCAUUUCUCUGUCCCACACAAACCAACCUCAUAACUUCUGAUCCUAAACUACUCAUAAAUGACCCUCCUCAUGAUGAAGUUCAAGAUCAAAAUGAACUUCAAAGAUGGCCAACUCCAAAUGAGGUGAUAGAAGAAUUGAAGGCCAUAGGUAAAAUAUCAGGUCCAACAGCUAUAACUGGUUUACUCUUAUAUUCAAGAGCUAUGAUCUCUAUGCUUUUCCUUGGCUAUCUCGGCGAGACAGAACUAGCAGGAGGUUCUCUCUCCAUAGGUUUUGCAAACAUAACUGGUUAUUCUGUCCUAUCUGGUUUAGCCAUGGGAAUGGAACCCAUUUGUGGACAAGCUUAUGGAGCUAAACAAUGGAAGAUACUUGGCUUAACUCUUCAAAGAACCGUUCUUUUACUUCUUUCCACUUCCAUUCCCAUUGCAUAUUUAUGGCUUAACAUGAAAAAGAUUCUCAUGUCUUGUGGUCAAGAUGAAGAAAUUUCAUCAACAGCACAAACUUUCAUUCUCUUUUCACUACCAGAUCUUUUCUUUCUCUCGUUUCUUCAUCCUCUUCGUAUUUACCUAAGAACACAAAAUAUAACAUUGCCAUUAACGUAUUGUUCAGCCAUAUCUGUUACUCUUCAUGUUCCUUUGAAUUUUCUUCUUGUGAUCCAUUUCAAAAUGGGUGUUGCAGGGGUGGCAAUAGCAAUGAUUUGGUUCAAUCUCAACCUUUUGAUUUUCCUUUCAUCUUUUGUAUUUUUCUCACGUGUUUAUAAAGAUUCAUGGGUUUUUCCUAGUAUUGAUUGUCUCAAAGGUUGGUCUUCGUUACUUGCGCUUUCGAUUCCGUCGUGUGUUUCUGUUUGUUUAGAAUGGUGGUGGUAUGAACUCAUGAUAAUUUUGUGUGGACUUUUGGUCAACCCAAAGUCAACCAUUUCUUCAAUGGGUAUUCUUAUUCAAACAACUUCUUUGGUUUAUGUUUUUCCAUCUUCUCUUAGUUUUGGUGUUUCAACUAGAGUUGGGAAUUUGUUAGGUGCUAAUUCUCCUUCAAAAGCACGUUUUUCUAUGAUAGUCUCAAUGUUUUGUGGUUUUGGUUUGGGAAUUUUGGCUAUGGUUUUUACUACUUUGAUGAGAAAUCAAUGGGGGAGAUUGUUUACUAGUGAUGACGAGAUUAUUAAUCUAACGGCUAUGGCUUUGCCAAUUGUUGGGCUUUGUGAGAUUGGGAAUUGCCCACAAACAACGGGUUGUGGUGUUUUAAGAGGUAGUGCUAGACCUACGGUAGGUGCAAAUAUCAAUUUGGGGUCUUUUUAUUUGGUAGGUAUGCCUGUGGCUAUUGUUCUUGGGUUUGUUGUGAAGAUGGGUUUUGUUGGGCUUUGGUUUGGGUUACUUGCAGCCCAAGGCUCUUGUGCUAUUCUCAUGUUGUAUGUGCUUUGUACAACGGAUUGGAAUGAUCAAAUUGAAAGAGCAAAGAAUCUCACAAAAGCUACUACUACCAUUGGUUUUUCUGAUUCUACUACAUUCAUCACAAAAACAGUACUGCGUCAUGAUAACAACAACAAUAAAUGUGGUUGUCUUGAAGAGAUCAUAGUAAUCACACAUGAUGAUGCUACCAAGACAUGUACACACUCACUUGAAUCAGACCCACUGCUACCAAACAUGUAGACACUGAAAUUAAUUAAUUAACCAAGUUUAUUUUCGUCCAUUUCUUGGGGAGAAUCGAAAUUAUCAGAAUCUCCAUUUAUUGGAUUAAUGUAAUGUAGAAAUAGAAACUACUUAAUUUGCUCUCAUUUUUCUCUAGAUGCUCUUAUUAAUUAAUAUAUUAAGGAUAACAAAUUUUAGUUUUAAUUGAAUUAUUGUUAUUUUGUGUGGACACACCCGUGUCCAUGAAGUUUCAUCAUAUCAUCAUAAUAGUAAAAGUUUACGUUA